AUGGCUAUGGGCACCAUAAUCCCGUAUCAUUCUCAGAAGAUGAACUUUUCAAUAAUCGACAUCAAUUCUAGUCCGUGUUACUACGCUUCAAGACUAUAUAAACACAUACCUCAUACACUUAAUGGAAGAUAUAAGAUAGGUGCAUUUGGAAUUGAUCCCUUUCAUCCACAGUAUCUCCCAACAGGGCUGUACUUGUACUUGUCUGUCGUAAAGACGUUUUCCGUCGAGAAGAUCAAGUUACGCCUCUACCUGCUGCUUGGAUGGGCCUUGCCUCUCCCCUUCGUGACGACCUGGGCUUCCCUGAGAGUCGCCUUCAGCAGCCAGUACGAGGUAAGCGGAGGUUGUAAUCGGAGAGGCAGGGAAGGGAGGGAAAACUAUGAACUUCUAAAAGCGUGGUUAGUGGGCCCGUUCGGUUGCGGAGGACGCAUAGUUCAAACACCAAAGACCAGUCACCCAGUCAAUUCCAAGGGCAUUUUGCAGGAGGUGGCGAGGCCGGAUUUCGACAUAGCUUGUCCGUGGCUAGAGGAGUCACCGCUAGACUGGGUCCACCGCGUCCCCGUGCUGGUCGUCCUCAGUGUCAACACAUUCUUCCUCAUUCACGUGAUGGUGGUGCUUGUGAAGAAACUCCGAGGGACGACGAGUUUGGAGUCUCAGCCGUGGGUGCAGCAGACCCAGCGGGCGCUCAAGUCUCUCUUUGUCCUGAUGCCUCUGCUGGGCUCCCCACACGUUCUGCUCCUGCUGGCCCCCGCGCACGGCACCUUCUCCGUGGUCGUCGCUUAUACGAGGGCCAUCGUGCUCUCGACGCAGGGCCUCGUGGUGACCGUAUUCUACUGCUUCCUCAACUCCGAAGUGCAGGAGUCCAUCAACAACCACAUGGAGCGCUGGAAGAGCACGAGGGACGUCCCCCCCGGCUCGUGCCCCUACUCGACCAACUUCCAGGACAGCGUCGUCACCAGGAACUGCGUCCUCGCCUCCGUCGGGGUAGAAAAGGCUACAGAGUUUGUGCCGCUACAAACGUUCACGGAGUUCAGUUCGAUCGGAGAGCCCACAGAAAUUGUUGACAGGAAUGCCACGAUGCCCGUUUUCCCUCCUGCUUUUCCCCACGUGAAGAAAACGAGAGACUCGUCCAAGAGGAACAGAUCCCUAAGUGUUCAGCGGGAGAACGCAGGGAUAAACAACUUUCAAGUACAUUCCAGCGAGACUUCGGACUCUAGUACUGUCGCUGCAAUUUCAGCUGCAGCGUCGUCACCGACACAAGAGGCUCACAGCAGGGUGAUCCAGCAGAACUCAAGCACAAACACAAAAGAUAUCGUUCAGCCUCUUAAAGAAGUGGUGGCGAUGUGUUGAGGCUGUGGAGGGAGACAGCAUGAGCCGUCCCGUUGUGCGAGGCCACGAAGACUUACGCAGGAGAGGCCUCCCGUGCUCUGUGGACUUCUAAAUGCGUGUUUUUUUGUUUUUUGUUUUUUGUUUUGUUUUUGCGUACAUGUAAGUUAGAGGUCUUUAUAAGAUUCGUUUUUUAGAAUAAUCUACAUACAUCUCAGAUUACGAAACUACAAAAAUUAUGAAUUAGAUGUGCCAUGUAUGUUAAUGUCCUCAGGGUAUACUACAUGUUUUCUAUAAAUGUUCCUGUAUUACCACAUACAACUGACCCUCAUGAAUACCAAAGAAGAUAUAGUAAUAGUAACUGCUAUUUUAUUACCGUAUUGAUACUGUAUGUGUCAGAAACAUUAAUAAUAAACACAUAUCAAGUUUAA